CUCGCGUCGUAAGCAUCUCCUCCUCCUCUUUGCCAUUAUCUCUCUCACUCUCUCUCUCUCUCUCUCUCUCUGGCCUACCAAGCAAAUACAUGAAUGCAUUUUUAAUUUGUUCUGAUUCUCCCACUUGAGACCAAUCCCGUGAAGAUAAACUAUUGCCGACUCCCGACUCUUCUCGCCGAUUGAUUUACUCAGACCUUUUUGUGUGUGUGGCGGAAAAAAAAAGGAGAAUAAUAUGGGUUUGAUUUCUGGAAUUCUGUUCGGGAUUAUCUUCGGCGUAGCUAUAAUGGCUGGCUGGAGUCGUAUGAUGACGCAUCGUUCCUCCAAGCGAAUCGCCAAGGCAGUUGAUAUGAAACUUCUAGGCUCUCUUAGCAGAGACGAUUUGAAGAAAAUUUGUGGUGAUAAUUUUCCACAGUGGAUUUCGUUUCCAGCAUUUGAACAGGUCAAAUGGCUUAAUAAACUACUGACCAAGAUGUGGCCAUAUAUUGCAGAGGCAGCAACUAUGGUAAUUAGAGAUUCGGUUGAACCUCUGCUUGAAGAUUACAGACCACCAGGAAUUACUUCCCUGAAGUUCAGCAAAUUGACGUUGGGUAAUGUAGCACCAAAGAUUGAAGGUAUUCGUGUUCAAAGUUUCAAGGAGGGUCAAGUCACAAUGGAUGUUGAUCUUCGAUGGGGUGGUGAUCCAAAUAUUGUUUUAGGUGUUACAGCACUUGUUGCUUCUAUACCCAUUCAGUUGAAGGAUCUUCAAGUUUUCACAGUUGCACGUGUUAUCUUUCAACUUGCGGAUGAGAUUCCUUGUAUAUCUGCUGUUGUUGUUGCUCUACUUGCUGAGCCAAAACCGAGAAUUGAUUACACUCUGAAGGCUGUUGGUGGAAGCUUAACAGCAAUUCCUGGACUAUCUGAUAUGAUUGAUGAUACUGUUGAUACUAUCGUCAAAGACAUGCUCCAGUGGCCUCAUAGAAUUGUUGUUCCCAUUGGUGGUAUUCCUGUUGAUUUAAGUGAUUUGGAGCUUAAGCCACAGGGAAAGCUUGUAGUAACAGUUCUGAAAGCAACUAACUUGAAGAAUAAGGAAUUGAUUGGAAAAUCUGACCCUUAUGCUACCAUCCACAUUCGUCCAGUAUUCAAGUAUAAAACAAAGGCAAUCGAGAACAAUCUGAAUCCUGUUUGGGAUCAAACAUUUGAAUUGAUUGCAGAGGACAAAGAAACCCAGUCGCUCACUGUAGAGGUAUUUGAUAAAGAUGUAGGUCAAGAUGAGCGUCUAGGACUUGUGAAACUUCCCUUAAGCAGUUUGGAAAACGGAGUUACAAAAGAACUGGAGCUAAAUCUGUUGUCUUCACUUGAUACUUUGAAAGUAAAAGACAAGAAAGAUCGAGGAAGUAUAACUCUUAAGGUACAUUAUCAUGAGUUCAACAAAGAGGAGCAAAUGGCGGCAUUAAAAGACGAGAAGAAGAUUAUGGAGGAAAGGAAGAGACUGAAGGAAGCAGGUGUGAUAGGUAGCACAAUGGAUGCAGUUGGGAUGGUAGGAAGUGGGCUCGGUACUGGUGUAGGAAUGGUUGGAACUGGGAUUGGUGNUCUACUUGCUGAGCCAAAACCGAGAAUUGAUUACACUCUGAAGGCUGUUGGUGGAAGCUUAACAGCAAUUCCUGGACUAUCUGAUAUGAUUGAUGAUACUGUUGAUACUAUCGUCAAAGACAUGCUCCAGUGGCCUCAUAGAAUUGUUGUUCCCAUUGGUGGUAUUCCUGUUGAUUUAAGUGAUUUGGAGCUUAAGCCACAGGGAAAGCUUGUAGUAACAGUUCUGAAAGCAACUAACUUGAAGAAUAAGGAAUUGAUUGGAAAAUCUGACCCUUAUGCUACCAUCCACAUUCGUCCUGUAUUCAAGUAUAAAACAAAGGCAAUCGAGAACAAUCUGAAUCCUGUUUGGGAUCAAACAUUUGAAUUGAUUGCAGAGGACAAAGAAACCCAGUCGCUCACUGUAGAGGUAUUUGAUAAAGAUGUAGGUCAAGAUGAGCGUCUAGGACUUGUGAAACUUCCCUUAAGCAGUUUGGAAAACGGAGUUACAAAAGAACUGGAGCUAAAUCUGUUGUCUUCACUUGAUACUUUGAAAGUAAAAGACAAGAAAGAUCGAGGAAGUAUAACUCUUAAGGUACAUUAUCAUGAGUUCAACAAAGAGGAGCAAAUGGCGGCAUUAAAAGACGAGAAGAAGAUUAUGGAGGAAAGGAAGAGACUGAAGGAAGCAGGUGUGAUAGGUAGCACAAUGGAUGCAGUUGGGAUGGUAGGAAGUGGGCUCGGUACUGGUGUAGGAAUGGUUGGAACUGGGAUUGGUGCAGGAGUCGGGUUGGUUGGGACUGGAGUGACCUCAGGUGUUGGUAUGGUUGGUAGUGGCUUUGGAGCUGUGGGUAGCGGGUUGAGCAAAGCAGGGAGAUUUAUGGGUAGAACAAUUACAGGUCAGACUAGCAAACGCAGUGGCUCAUCCACACCUGUGAAUACGGUUCAAGAGAACGAUGUUGCGAAACAACAGUAACUAAACAUUGGGUUUAAGCAAGAUUUGUGAUGAUAACAUCUUAUUACUCUUGUCAUGCGAUGCGACUUCUUUUUUACUCUUUAUUGUUUUUUUUUUUAUAACUUAUCUCGAAUUUGGUUUCUGGAUUCACUGCAUCAAUUUGUUUUCGUUGUGAGCUUUCAAAUUGAAAUCUUGUACAGAAGUCAUUUGUCUAAUCGUCCUGUAAACAAUAGAUUUCCUGUCAA